GCCUCAUCACGUCUCUCCCUGUAACCUCUGCCCUCUCGCUCUCUUUCGCUCUCUCUCUCAAGUAAACAAAGCUCCGCCCUCUCCAGUUGCUCUUGUAUAAGUCCCAGUCCCUUCGACGCCCAACGCCUCUUCCUGCUUCUUCCAUCCGCUCCCUAAUUCGGUUCUGUGAUCGUCGUCCGCUUCGAUUUUUUUCCCUCUCUGAUUCUUUCGGUGAAUCAAAGCUGUGAUUUUGGGGCUGGUUCUGAGUCCCUAGUUGCUGUUUUUCCUGCCAAAAUCUCAUCUUUUUUCAGUUUUUGUCUGCCGUUUUUCUUAGAUCGUCACAUACAUGCAGCACGGGUUCCUGUUAGCGUUCCUGAUAGAUGUCGCCUAUCCUAAGUGAGAUCCUGCUCUCCGGGUUUAUGAUCAAUUCGACUCUCCGGCGAAGAACGCAUUUGGUUCAGUCCUUCUCCGUCGUCUUCCUUUACUGGUUCUACGUUUUCUCAUGAACUCGUUGACCGAUUGAUCGCCUAAAUAGAUAUAUAGCGUCUCUUGAUAAAUAUCGUACGUGUUGUUUAGUCUACUUCUGUGUUCGGGUAAUAUUGAUUAAAAAGUAAAAUGAUAAGCAAAAACGAAAAGCGAGCUUUCAUGGCGUCUCCCUGCGGCACUUCUUCCGGUACGAGCCGGCGCUUGAACACCCAGUCGGAGGAGGACCUGAUGAACCGGCGAAAGCAGAGGCGGAUGCUGUCGAACCGGGAGUCAGCACGGCGGUCCAGGAUGAGGAAACAGAAGCACCUCGGCGAUCUGACGGCUGAGGCGAGCCGGCUGAGGGAGGAAAACUGCCGGAUGAUGACGGCGCUGGCCCUCGCCGAACGGCAUUGCGCGGCGGCCGAGGCAGAGAACGCCGUGCUGAGAGCCCAGGUGGCGGAGCUCGACUUGACGCUGCAGGCGCUGAACAACAUCCUCCGCCGAUGCGCCUUCGCCGGAUGCGGCGCUGACGAGGAAUGCAUGGGGCAGUGGAGCUCGAUGAACGCCGACGCGGCGGCGGCGGCGGCCAGGGCGGCUUCGGCGGACGUCUUGGGGUACGUUUUUAAUCAACGCCGGGAAGAAGACGGGCAGGGAAAAGUAUAAUCAGAUCACGGCCCAUUUAGCGUUGUUGGGCCUGGUGAUUCGGUCGGUGUGUCAUGUUUCUAGUCUGCAUUGUCCUCUAUUUAAUAUUCCGAUAAUUAAUAGCUUGUAUUAAUGCCUUAAUCAGCUUUGAUUUUGUUCCUUUUGUGCAAGGAUGAUGAUGAAUCAAAUGAUUCAUUCAUUCAAUGUUACCAAACAAAAUGUUUCAUUCAAUGUCUACAGUAAUUAAGACAUGAGAUAUUAUUAUAUUAAAU